AAUAGGAAUGCGCCACAUGAUUGUAUGUUUGAUCAUAUGGAGAUUGACAGAGAAAAAGACUGAGUUAGGCACCGUACGUACUCAAAAUACGACCACACUUCCAGUUUUUAAACCACGAACCAACUCACCUCCAUCAUGUCAUGGCAACAGUUUGCAUCCACCCUGCUAAUAGCAGUUUUGUUUGUUUCCACUCAAGUUAAAUUGUCAGAGAGCUUUGCUGUGAUGUCUGUAGAUCUGGGCUCCCAUUUCAUGAAGAUUGGAAUCGUAAAGCCAGGAGUACCCAUGGAAAUAGUAUUAAAUCUAGAAUCCAAAAGAAGAACUCCAACGGUUAUUGCCUUUAAAGGAGGAGACAGGCAGUUUUCUGAUAUGGCUUUAUCAACACGAGUAAAAAUGCCUGUAAAUGCUUAUAUUUACUUAAUGGACAUUGUUGGGAAACAAUUUGAUGACCCUGCUGUGAAGCUUUAUCAGGAACGGUUCCCUUUCUAUACGCUAGUUAAAGAUGAAGAAAGAAGUACUGUUAUCUUCAAAGUAGAUGAGGAAACUUCUUACAGUACUGAAGAACUUCUCGGUAUGCUGCUAGAGUAUUGUAAACAAUUGGCAGAAAAUUUUGCAGAACAAACUAUCAAGGAUAUUGUGGUGACAGUGCCAUCACACUUCAACCAGGCAGAACGUAACUCAGUCAAGGAAGCUGUUCACAUCGGUGGCCUUAAUUUAUUACAACUGAUGAGUGUGAAUGCUGCAGUUGCCUUGAAUUAUGGAGUAUUCCGUAGGAAGGAUUUCAGCAACAAACCACAAUACAUUAUAUUUUAUGAUAUGGGAGCCAGCUCCACAACUGCCAGUGUCGUUGGAUACGUUCUUAGUCAAAGCAAAGAAGAUACCCGUGAUAUUAACCCACAACUGACCAUACAUGGAGUAGCAUUUGAUAAUAGACUUGGUGGUCUUGAGAUGACUCUGCGUUUCAGAAACUAUCUUGCUGAGCAAUUUAACAAGAAAAAACUCACAAAACAGGAUGUCUUCAAAAACCAGCGUAGUAUGGCAAAGCUUUUUAAAGAAGCUGAACGUGUAAAGAUGAUUUUAAGUGCCAACACAGAACAUUAUGCUCAAGUGGAGAAUUUGAUUGAUAAUCAGGACAUGCGUAUAAAAGUCACUCGAAGUAUCUUUGAAGAACUCAAUGCUGACCUCUUUGAACGUGUUACAAUGCCAAUUAAGAAAGCCUUAGAAUAUUCUGAAAUAACUUUGGAGGAAAUUAAAGAUGUAAUCUUAAUGGGAGGUGGAACUCGUAUUCCUAAAGUUCAAGAGAGUCUGCUUAAAGCUGUAAAACGCAAAGAGCUGGGUAAAAGUAUCAACACAGAUGAUGCUGCUGCUUUAGGUGCUGUGUAUCAGGCUGCUCACCUGAGUCAAGGAUUCCGAGUGAAGAAGUUCAUUGUUAAAGAAGCUACUGUCUACCCAAUUGUUGUUGAAUUUAAACGCCAAAAGACUGGUAACUCUAAAACUGUCAAGAGGACCUUGUUUGGGCGUGGCAAUACAUAUCCUGUCAAGAAAGUAAUGACCUUUAACAAGCAUACUGAUGACUUCACUUUUGCUGUUGGUUAUGGAGAUCUUAACUUUAUCACUGAUGAUCACAGAAAAUCAUUUCAUAAAAUGUUCUUGAAAAAUAUCUCUUUGACUGGAGUUGGAGAUGCCUAUGCCAAACAUACUACAGCUGUUGACUAUAAAGGUGUUCGUGUGCAUUUCCGCAUGGAUGAAAGUGGCUUGUUGCACUUAGAUGGGGCAGAAUCAAUAUUUGAACAAGCACCUGAUGCUGUAAAUGCAAAUGAAGAAUCAACUUGGUCAAAACUGGGUAAUACCUUGAGUGGAUUUUUCCGAGGAAAUGAAGAAAGUGAUGGAAUGUCUGUCAAUGAAGAGGGAGCUGCCGAGAAGGCAGCAUCUGCUGAUAAAGAAACAGGGCCCACUGAAAAAGGCUCUGAAGAUAGUGGAGAUGGGCAAAGUAAAGAGAAGAAAUCGGAGAAACCUCAAAAGGAAGAUACUACUGCUGAAAAGAAAAGUGAGAAAGUAGAAAAGCCAACUGAACAGGAGCAAAAGGAGAGUGAUAAAACCCCAAAAGAAGAUGGAACAAAACCAAGUGACAAAAAUCAAACUAAUACAACACAAGGCACCACCAAAAAAGACGAAACUUCUAAAGUUAAAAAACCAGGGAUAUUAAAAGAAAAUCUGAAAAUGGAAAUAAAGAUUCUAGAUUUGUUACCAAUUGCAGAAAAAAAAUUGAAAGUAUCUAAAAAUCGUUUAGCUGAACUUAGGAAAAAAGAUGACGAGAAGAGAGCUCUUGAACAUUCCAAAAAUGAAUUAGAAUCCUACAUAUUUGACAUGCAAGAUAAGUUAUCACAAGAUGAUUACGUUCAGUGUUCAACUGAGGAACAGAGGGAAGCUAUUAGAAAAGAAUGUUCAGAGAGUUCUGAUUGGCUCUAUGAGCAAGAUGAUAACACCAAAACAGAGGAAUAUGUAAAACGUUUGAAUAUAUUAAAGGCAGCGUCAAAGGAUCUCUUGUUUCGAGUGAAAGAAAUGAGAGACCGACCAGUUAUGCUAGACACUUUAAAGUCUCUACUAAACCAUACAGAAUAUUUUUAUAAAAAUCUUUAUAAUCAUACUUUAGGAGAUGAUCCUGUAUUCACUCAGGUAGAAGUGAAUACUCUUGGUAAACUCAUCAAUGAGACCUAUGCUUGGCGCAAAAACAUAUUAGCAGAACAAGAAAAAACUCCACUGCAUGAGAAACCUAAAUUAUUAACUGAAGAUAUAGCUCUUAAAAUUAGGGACUUGGAUAGAGAGGUGAACUAUUUAGUCUAUAAGGCAAAAAGUUAUAGACCAAAACCCAAGGUGAAACCUGAUGCAACUAAUAGUACCAAUUCCACAGAAAAAGCAGAUAGCGAGAAAGUCAAAACAGAUAGUGACACUGAAAAAACCACUACUGAUUCCCAAGACACUGCUGACUCACAAACUGACAAAAAAUCUGAAAAGAAACCACCACACAGGAAUGAUGGAGAAUUGUAACAAUAGUCUUCUUUAGCAUUACAUACUGAAGGAUGUGUGUGCUUGUUUGUGUGAUUGUUUGGUAUAUAAGUGUGAAUGUUUAUGUGUACAUGUCAUUGUGUGAACAUAUAGACAUCUAAUCUAUCUAUUCCUGAAAGACAAUUUCUGGUUGACUAUUUAGAAUCCAUAAAACUGGAUUCAUAAUGGUUUUCUGUUGUUUCCCUCUCCUUUUAAAUUAAAACAAAACUGAAGAUCUUCUAACUUUC